AAUUAAUAUUAAUAUUAUUAAUAUUAUUAUUAAAAUAAAAUGUUACGUUCAACUUCAAAUAAUGUUUUAAAACAGAGACAAAAUUUAAUACAAUAUUUGAAUAUGCAAAAAUCUACAAAAGGAAAAAAUAAUAAAUCAAUAAUAAAACCAAAUGUUUCAGGACUCAGUGAAAAAUGUUGUAAAGUUCCAAGUACACCUAUUGGACCUAAUGCUGCUAAAAAUACAGAAUAUAAAAAUCCAGAAUAUUUUUGUUAUCAUACAGAAACUUUUGGAGAAGCAGAAGUAGAAUUAGCAAAAUAUAGAUUACCAGCUCCUUCUAAUAAAGUACCUUUUCAUAAAUAGUUUUUUAAUUAUAUUCUAUUGAUAAAAAAUCAUGUAUGUAGUAAGUAACAAAAAAUAAUUAAUAAAUAAUAUUUAAAUAGAAAAA